AUGUACAAAUUCCUCUUCGUCAUUGCCGCACUUGUUGCUUGCGCUUCGGCCAAGCCUGGUAUUGCCGCUCCCUUUGCUGCUCCUCUGGCCGCUCCCUUGGCUGCUCCUCUAGCUGCUCCCAUUGCCUACGCUAAUGCGCCGCUUUACGCUGCUGGAGGCAGCAGUCAGGUGGAUGUGCGCAACAACUACGACGGCACCCUCUCCUCCUACGCCACUGCGCCUUUCGAGUACGCCGGACCCUACUCCAGCCGUUACGUGUCUGGCAUUCCAGCUGCCUAUGCCGCUGCUGCUCCAGUGAUUGCCAAGUACGCAGCUGCUCCUUUGGCUGCUCCAGUAGCUGCUCCAUUGGCCGCUCCAGCUCCUUUGGCCGCUCCAGUUCCAGCUCCUCUGACUGCUGCUGCCUAUGCUGCUCCCUACUCCGCCCCCUACGCCGCUCCUUACGCCGCUCCAUUCGCCGCACCCUAUGCCUCACCAUACCUGUCCGCUGCUUAUGCCGCCCCUUAUGCCGCUCGUUUUGCUGCCGCACCAGCUGCCCUUGCUGCUCCAGCUCCUCUUUUGGCCUAA